AUAGAACGCCGGUUUUUGACGUUGUGGUAUGAAGACUUGUUUACAACUCAAACUACUUUCUUGGUUUCAUUCGUGUAAUUUAUAAAGUGCUCGGUGAUGUAAACAUAAUAUAUAAUAUACUUACAGCAUACCAUUAAAAAGGACGACACCGCGACACGGAAGACCCAGUCACUUCGCUAUUCUAUGGAUCUACGAGAAAACGUACACACCAAAACACAAGUAUCGGAACGCAGUACGUGUCGUUUACAUUCCGAGACCGAGUGAUCGAGGCUGACAAGUGACACGUCCAUCGAUCGUGUUAUCUCAUCUUAGUUCCUUCCAACUGCAUAGAAUACAGAUACAUUGAUAAAGCCAACUUUAAUAACCGACUUGUCAAAUUGGUCUUGCACUUAAUUAUUUCAAAGUUUUUGAUAAUUUGUUGUGCACUAAGUUUUAAUAAUGCCUAAGUGCCUAGUGUGCAAUAAUUCUCCUGCGAGUACCACUCGUCGUGAUAUAACUUAUCAUAUGUUUCCUAAGAAUGAAUACCAAAGAAGAGAAUGGCUUAAAGUGUAUGGAAUUGAUCAUUGCAACGAUUCCCAUCGUAUAUGUAGUGAUCAUUUUUUAAAAGAAAACUAUAGGACAGGACGAAAGCGAUAUUUAAAAAAAGAUACUAUCCCCCAAGGCUAUGACAAAAAUUGUUUUCUUUCCAAUUGUACUCAAAGUAAUGAUGUUGUAAUGAGCAACAAUGCAUUUUUACCAACAGAACUAAAUCGUUUAAGUUACAUCACUCAAAGUAAUGAUGUUGUAAUGCGCAAGAAUGAAUUUUUACCAAAAGAAUUUAAUUGUUUAAGUUACACCACUCAAAGUAAUGAUGGUGAAACUAGUACUAAUCCAUUUUUGCCGAGGCAAGAAAAUCAUUUAAGUUACACCACUCAAAGUAAUGAUGGUGGAACUAGUACUAAUCCAUUUUUACCGAGGGAAGAAAAUCAUUUAAGUUACACCACUCAAAGUAAUGAUGGUGAAACUAGUACUAAUCCAUUUUUACCGAGGGAAGAAAAUCAUUUAAGAAAGGUACAAAGCUAUGAAAAUAUGACGAGGCUCAAAACUGAACCAUUUGAGACACAAAAUCCUACGUGCACUGCAAAUGACAAUAUUCAAACUGUAAUUGAAAGCGUUUCAACACCAGUGUUAACAACUACUAAGUAUAAACAAGAAGCAACUUCGACCUUCAAAAUGCCAGAUAAAUUGUCUUCUAAUACUGUAAUUAAUCCAGAAUUAAAGACUCCAGUCAUUUCAGAAUGUUUUUCAUUAGCCGAACAGACAGAUACCCAUGAUUUUAACACAGAUAGUAAAGCAAAUAUUAUACAAUGUAUAAUAAUUGAUGAUGACGAUACAGAAGAUUUUACGGUGAACGAUCACAGAUUUAUUUAUAACAUUUCUAAAAUUAUUGUACUUCCUAGUGCACUUUGGAGGAGUGUAUAUGAUUGUGUACAAAAUACAACUUCUUUUUAUAAACGAGACAGUUUCUUUAAAACUGAGAAAAAAAUUAUUUUUUAUAAUAACCUUAUUCCAAAAAUACAAAUAUAUGGAAUGGACUACAAAUAUAACAAGCCUAUUAAAUCAAAAAAUGAAUUACAAAGUAUUUUACAAACAGUUGAUAGUAUUUAGAAAUGUUUUGGUAUUGAUGGAUUUACCAAUACCAAUAGUCAACUCAACUAUGAAGAUCGUUAAAAAGAUGUUAAUUUGUAAUCUACCUUUAAAGAGAAAUAUCAAGAAUUGUACAAAAUUACUGAAUCUAAAACCAAAAUAAUUGAAAGUCUUGAACAGAAAGUUUGUUAACUGGGUGUUUCUAAAUUGUAAUGUAAGACACUUAUUAUUUAAAAAAAACUAUUAAUAAUUUAAAAAUAUUUUUUUUACAUAAUUUCAAGUUGCUUCAAAAUGAGAUCUUACUAACAAAAUAAUAUACUAUUUACUAUUUCUUAUAUUAUUAACUUUUUAAAUGAUAACAUACAUUAUUAGCCCCAUAUUGUAAAACAGAAUGUUUUUUAGAGUACUUAGAUAUAUUAAAAUAACAUACUACCAGUAAAAAUAUAAUUAUUUUUUCGAAAAUAUUGUUUUGUAUCUACUUAAAAUUAUGUAAAUUAAAUAUUUUCAAAAAUGUUUGUUUUUUGAAAGAAGAGUGUCUUAUAUUAAAUGCAUAAUACGGGGUUAUUAUAUAUUCAUUGUAUUUACUAUUUACCUAUUUUUAAGUGUAUUUAUUAGACAUUUGUACUCAAUUAAAAACUAUAUCAUGUAAACCAUGUACUGUUCUUAUUUAACCAUUUUAAAAAAGAAUAAUUUUGUUUGCCUAAAAAAUGUUGUUGGACAAUUAGUU